UGUCUGCGCCCAGAGGAAAGAGGUGAAGUAUAUCGAAUCAGUGACAUUAGACCCGAUGAAAGGUCGUUUGAGAGGGAAAGACUCAGAUGGCAGUUCUGCAGUGGAAGCAGUGAUAGCCGGACCUUCCAGACAAGAUGGUGUUGAUAUUCAAGAAGCACCCCAUGCUCAACACUAUGACAACCUAUGCAAUAUUAUGGACCAUUGCUGAUGUCUCCGAGCAGAAACUCAUCUCAAAGAAAAAGAAACUUGACAUGUGGAAAACUGCCCGAAUGACAGUGGUUGGGUCGAUGGUGAUUGCUCCCCUUGUUGUUGGGUGGAUCCGACUUGCAGAACGUGUCUUGCCAGGAACACACUUCAGCGCUGUCAUCAAGAAAGUUGUUAUUGAACAGCUUGUGUUUGCUCCUGUCGGCAAUCUGAGUUUUUACACAUCUACUAGUCUCCUGGAAAGGAAGGAUGUAGUUACAGAAAUCAAGGCAAAGUUCCUCAAGACAUACAAGACUGGGCUGAUGUUCUGGCCCUUCGUGCAGACAGUCAACUACUCCGCCGUGCCCCACCUCUACAAGCCAGUGUUUGUUGCUGGAGCUUCCUUCAUGUGGAGUCUGUUCCUCUGCUUCAUGAAAGAAGAUCCUAAUAAGAACAACGACCAAAAAUCCAAGUGCAGUUAACGAGGCCGAGGAUUAGUGAGGUGUCCAGCAGCUGGUCUGUCGGUGGUCAACUUCAGGGAUCAACACUACUGACCGUCUGCUUUGAGCUGAUCAAGAAACUUGUUAAUCUGAGGCCACAACAUACUGUUUGUUUAUUUGUUUGUUUGUUGAACUAGCGUUGUUUUGUGAGACACAUUUCUAAUCAGUAUAGGGGCGGUGGGGUGGCCUAGUGAUUAAAGCGUUUGCUUGUCACACCAAAAAUCAGGGUUCGAUUCGCCUCACAGGUACAGUGUGUGAAGCCCAUUUCUGCUAUCCCCCGCUGUGAUGUUGCAUGAAUAUUGC